GUGGAACGAUCAACAUUCAUCUGUGAUACACCAGACGAUAGAGCUGACUCCGGCUGGCAGCCAGGGAGGCUUUUACACCAGACUCUCGGCUGAAGUUUAGGGGCGAGCCGAGGGAAGCAGGGAGCAACCUGGGCUCUUCCCUCUCCACCGAUGGAUCUACAGGGGACGGGCACCAGGGGCUGAGCUGCAUUCAGCUCACUUGCCUCUCCCAAAAGAAUCUUUAGUUCGCCCCGUCAGCGACUUUCCAGGGAGAAUCUCUCCCUUCCCCUUUGCUGGAUGGUGGAAGAAGGCGUGGGCAGCGGGGACAGGGCACCCCACAGGGGGCUGCGAGGACCCCGUCGUCCUCUGGCUGCGCCAAGGAACAUGUCGGUGGUGGGCAAGGCCCUGUGGAGCGUGGAGCGGGCGGGGAAUGGCCGGCGGUUUGAGCAGCCCAUCGGCGUGGACUGCAGCUCGCCCGAGCCCCGCUGCAUCUGGUUGAGCAGCCUGCAGAACGACAAUGCCGACCUGGAGCACAGGUGGUACCAUGCCAGGGCCGCCCUCCCCAGGCAGAAACGCCGCUCGCGCCCUCGGCUGGAGACACGCCACACGCCGCCGCUGGGCCGGAGAGAUGGGACCUCUCCGAAUGACAACGCCCCCCUGGAGGAGCCCUUCCCCUGGGUGGGGCCGAAGACGGUGCUGCUGCGGAAGAGCUCGCAGGGGGGGUUCGGCUUCACCCUCCGACAUUUCAUCGUCUACCCCCCGGAGUCGGCGGUCCACUCCAAUGUCAAGGAGGAAGAGAAUGGAAACCGAGGAGGUCCCCAGCGGAGCCGCCUGGAGCCCAUGGACACCAUCUUUGUGAAGAAUGUGAAGGAAGCUGGGCCUGCGCACCAGGCUGGCCUCCGCACAGGAGACCGGCUUGUCAAGGUGAACGGGGAGAGCAUCAUCGGAAAAACCUACUCCCAGGUCAUAGCGCUGAUCCAGAACAGUGACGAUGCCUUGGAACUCUCCAUCAUGCCCAAAGACGAGGACGUCCUCCAGCUGGCCUAUUCUCAGGAUGCCUACUUGAAGGGCAAUGAACCCUACUCCGGGGGAGCCCAGAGCAUCCCGGAGCCACCUCCCAUCUGUUACCCUCGGAAGACCUACCCGUUCCAGUCCAGGGCUCCCAGCCGGGAGGCGAUGGUAGCUGAGCCUUUGCAGGGACAGCAGGCGGACGGCAGAUCCUACCGGCCUGUUCCUUCAGGCCCAUCUUCCCCCUUGAACAGUGCGGCGCUUGGCAGCCCCAUGCCCAGCACGUGGAACGAAGCCAGAAGCGACACUGCUCGGGAGUUCGGCAGCACCCAUUCCAGCCCGGCCCACCGCACAGAGGAGAUCCAGUAUGGAAUGACCCAGCCGAGGCCCGGGAUGCCCGUCGCAAGGCCGGUCCCAGCCCCCGGCUCCUUCUCGCGCGUCUCCAACUCCAGCUUCGCAGGUCCCCUUGCUUCUUCCUUGCCAGAGAGGUACGGCGUCCCGACUGCUUCCUCCAUGGCCAGCCAGGCCUGCUACGGGGUCCCCAGGCACCUCCCAGACCAUCGGACUCCCUGCGGUUUCAAGGAUGGCCGGGAUGUUAGCAUGGGGCCUGGCGGCCCAGGCCGUCCCUCCUGGGAGUAUCUGGGCGGCCCCAAGGCCAUCAGCCGGCUGGAGUGCCAGCAGGCGCUCUCCAACUGGCUGUCCAGCCAGGUGCCUCGCCGGAGCGCCUCGGAAGAGCGGAGGUACGCCAUGCCGCCCCGGUACCGCAGCGUCUCUCAGGAGCGCCUGGGAGACACCCCGGCCUCCAGAGGCUGGCCCCACAGUGCCUCGCAAGACACCUUGCUCCAGCCCAGCCACGACAGCUGGGGCUACCGGGCCCGGUCCGACAACUCCCUGGGGAGGUCCGGGCGCUCCAUGGAGGCGCUGGAGCAGAGCGCCCUGGUCUCGCCCCGCUUGGACAAAUGCACGUGGCUGCCGGAGAAGUUCUAUAGGCCGGGCCCCGGGCAAGUUGCCCGAGCUCAGCCUAGCCAACCAAGUCCGUAUGCCCCCUCCUGCUCCUGUAGAGAGCCUCCCCCCGCCCACGUGCAGAAACACCCUUCCCAGCCCAACCUGCAGAGCGUCGACGACUCGGGGUACAUCGGGUACAGGAGCUACAGCCCCUCCUUCCAGCGCAGGACUGGCCUGCUCCACGCGCUCUCCUUCAGGGACCCUAUCUUUGGUGGCCUUCCAGUGUUCAAUAUAUCGCAAAGGCAAGAAACCCAACCAGCACCUUACCCGGACAGGUCCCCAUCACUGCCAGCUGCCGCCCCCCCUGGCCCGGACCCCCCGCCGGGCAGCGGGCCCGAGACCCCCAAGGACCAAAGAACCCCCAGCCAAGACAGCGGCGCCAGGUCUCUCCAGCCGCCUCCGCCUCAGGCUGAGGCGGAGGAGAGGAAAGAGGAGGUGGUCCUCAGGCAGAAGCCCCCCACGGGCCGCAAGGCGCCGGCCCCCGCCAGGCAGAUGAACUUCAUCUUCCCCGACCACAUGAAGGAAACGGACAUUUGUGACCCACCGCCGAGCUGCAAAGGGGACAAGCCGGCGGCGGAGCGGCCUGCCCGGCGGGUGGCACCGUUGGCGGUGCCAGAGGAUUCCCUGGCAUCCAUUCCAUUUAUAGACGAGCCGACGAGCCCCAGCAUCGACCUGAAGGCAAAGCACAUCCCUGCCUCCUCUGUCGUCUCCAGCGCCGUGAACUCUGCCCCCGCCAUCACCGGCAGCCCCUCCUCACCCACCUUCUCCUUCGCCAUCAGCCGCCAUUACUCCCAGGACUGCAGCAGCAUCAAAGCCAGCCGCCGAUCCUCCUACCUCCUGGCCAUAACAACCGAGCGCUCCAAGUCGUGUGACGAUGGUCUGAACACAUUUCGUGACGAGGGGAAGAUCCUAAGGAGGAUGCCAAGCCGGGUGCCGAGUCUGCGCAUGCUGAGGAGCUUCUUCACCGACGGGUCCCUGGACAGCCUCGGCAUGUCUGAAGACACGAGAUCAAAGAGGCACUCGACCUCCGACCUCUCGGAUGUGACUUUCAGCGACGUGAGGAAAGAGGGCUGGCUCCACUAUAAACAGAUCCUCACCAAAAAGGGGAAGAAAGUUGGCGGGGGCAUCCGGCCGUGGAAGCGCGUCUUCGCCGUUCUCCGCGCACACUCCCUUUACCUGUGCAAGGACAGGCGGGAGGCCGUGACCUGCGCGCUGCCCCAAGGUGAGGAGGAGCAGCCGAUCAGCAUCCGAGCGUGCCUGGUGGACAUUUCCUACAGCGAGACCAAGAGGAAGCACGUCUUCCGGCUGACGACCGCUGACUUCUGUGAAUAUCUCUUUCAGGCAGAGGAUCGGGACGACAUGCUGGCCUGGAUCAAAGUCGUCAGGGAGAACAGCAAGGCCGAGGGCGAGGACCCCGGGUUUGCAAGCCAAGCACUUAUCAACAAGAAGCUAAAUGACUACCGGAAAGUGAGCCCCUCUGGAACAAAACCAGACUCUUCCCCCAAGGGCUCGCGCGGGCUGGGGAUCAAGGCCGAGUUCCUGAAGCAGACAGGGACGAGCGCCCCCCGCUCCCCAAGGCAGGACAUGGCCGUGACUAAAGAUGAUGGUGCCCCCCAGAAAGCCCCUUGGGGCAUCAACAUCAUGAAAAAGAACAAGAAACCUGCUCCGCGAGCCUUCGGCGUGAGGCUGGAGGACUGCCAGCCCGCCCCCGCCAACAAGAACGUCCCGCUGAUCGUGGAGGCCUGCUGCAAGGUGGUGGAGGACAAGGGGCUGGAGUACAUGGGCAUCUACCGCGUGCCCGGGAACAACGCCGUGGUGUCCAGCCUGCAGGAGCAGCUCAACAAGGGAGGCGCCGAGAUCAACCUGCAGGACGAGAGAUGGCAGGACCUCAACGUCAUCAGCAGUCUGUUGAAAUCCUUUUUCCGGAAGCUCCCGGAGCCCCUGUUCACAGACGAUAAGUACAACGACUUCAUCGAAGCCAACCGGAUAGAAGAUGCCAGCGAGAGGAUGAAGACGUUGCGGAAACUGAUCCGGGACCUGCCGGGACAAUACUACGAGACGCUCAAGUUCCUGGUGGGGCACCUGAAGACCAUCGCGGACCACUCCGAGAAGAACAAGAUGGAGCCCCGGAACCUGGCCCUGGUCUUCGGCCCCACGCUGGUCCGGACGUCCGAGGACAACAUGACGGACAUGGUGACGCACAUGCCAGACCGCUACAAAAUCGUGGAGACCCUCAUCCAGCACUCGGACUGGUUCUUCAGCGACAAGGAGGACAAGGGGGAGAAGACCCCUGUGGACGAGAAGGAGGCGCAGUCGGUGCCAAACAUCGAGUACCUGCUCCCCAACAUCGGGAGGACGGUGGUGCCAGGGGACGCCUCAGAUUCAACCAAUAGCAGCUCUGCCAAGUCGAAGCAGGGCUCGGGGGCGUCCCGGAAGGAUCAGUACAGCAAGGAGCUGCUCGCCAUCUCCUUCAUCGCCGCUGUCAACCGCAAGAGGAAGAAGCGGCGGGAAGCCAAACGUUUGGGGAGCAGCACGGACGACGACUCGGAGCACGAAGCCACCAAGGGCACCAGCAAAGGUGGGGGCGCGGAGGAGGAAGAGGCCAAGGGGCCGGGGGGCGGCGCGGCCCCCGGAGAGCCAGGCCCAACGUGUGAUGCUCCGAGCCGCCGAGCGGGCACAGUGGAGCAGGCGGGACCGAGGGAGCCGGACGCCCGGUCCAUCGUCUCGGGCUAUUCCACCCUGUCCACCAUCGACCGCAGCCUGUGCUCGGAGGUGCAGUCGGUGGCCGAGAGCCGAGGCGAGGAGGCGGACGACGAGCGCAGCGAAUUCAGCCACGUGGAGACGGACACGGAGAGCAGCUUCCUGCCGGGGAGGGCGGGGCCGGGCGCCGGGCAGGGGCCCGAGGCGGAGAGCGGCGAAAAGGAGAAACUCGCCCGGGCCUCCUUCAACUCCCACCGGCUCAUCCAGUGCGACACGCUGGCCCGCAGGAAGCUGGCGCGGCCCCGGCCGGACAGCGACUCGUCCGCCAAGGGCAGCCAGGAGUCCCUGCGGCCCCCGGGGGCCGGCGGGGAGCCGUGGGGCAGCGGGGCCCCGGCCAGGCCCUCGCUGACGGAGCAGAUCCGCCUGCGUCUGCGCGGCUCGGCCGACGACAUGCUGGCCGUGCGUCUGCGCAAGCCCCACUCCCCGGAGACGCGGCGCAAGAAGAGCUCCUGGCGGCGCCAUACGGUGGUGGUGCCCGGCGGCCUGAAGGACCUCAACUUCAACGAGUGGAAGGAGCACCAGGCGCCGGGCCAGGGACCCCCCGUUAGUCCCCAGCUCUGCCCCCCGGACACCAGCGCCUCCUGCAGAGACCUGCACAGAGACAACAAGGACUCGGGCCUCAGCAGCCUGGAGUCGACCAAGGCCAGGCCCUCCUCGUCCUCGGCACUGAGCCACCAGGGCGGCGCCGGUGAGCAGCUGCACAGUAAGGGCCCGGAGGGGAACCCUGGCGACCGGGGCCCGGCUCCCACCCGCGCCGCUUCCUUCCGCUUCCACCAGUGUCUCUAACCCCCCUGACGGUCUCUGCUUCCCUCCCCCCCCUCGCCCCCUGUGCUGCCUCUUGUGGCGAAGGCUGAGGACCCCUCCCCGGGCGGUUCCCCAUCCACCCAGAGCCAGGCGCCGCACAAGGGUUGGAGCGCCCCCUAGGGGCCAGCAGCCACUCGCCCUGAUUUUGCCGGCCCUGCCCCUUGAGCGUCCCUUGGCCUUUGUCACGGGGCUCCCUAGGCUGCCGGAGACGCCCCUGCCCUGCCCUGGCCGCGCUGCCUGGCUGGCGCUCGGGCGCAGCGUUCAUUGAACCGCCCUCCCUCGGUUUGGGGAUUUAAUCGUGGGUCUGUUUGAUUUGUCUCCCUUUUUAAGACUCCCUCCCCCCCCCCAACAUUGCCAGGCCAGGCCUGGGGGGAGAGAUCGUCCGCAGCUCGGGGCGUCCCGGCCUCGCCACAGAGCCAGGAUCCCAGCCCUUGGGGUCCAGCCCACAGCUGGGACGGGCGGGCACAGCGCAUCCACGGGAAGCACUUGGCCUGAGACAGGCAACCCCUCCCCAGCCUCCUGGCCCCCCCAGCACAUCUCCCUGCGUGGCUGCGGGGUCCCUGAGGCUGCCAGACCUGCUCCAUGAGACCAUCGCUAGCCCCCAAAGCUCCUCACAGCAGGAGCUGAUGCCUCUGAAAUCCAGCCGCAGCUGUGCCCCUCCCCCCGCCCCCCUUGGCUCAGAGAAAGUGCCCCCUAGUGUGCAAGGAGCUGUUGGGUGGCUUUGAACAGAGGGUCCCUGGCACCCCAGUCCCGCCCGCCCCUUCCCAAGCCGGUUCUCCCGCCCCGGCUCAGUCCAGGGUGAGCGAGGCGGCUGUAGAACGGAGACAGGAGGCUGCGCAGACACAGCGCCCGCACGUGGGCUUUGCUCAAGAGCGCGAGUGUUUCCCUGCUGGCUCGUAACACUGGUGUGUGUGCAUGUGUGUGCACAUGCACCAUUCACGUGUGUGUGCACGCAUGCGUGUGCACCAGUCGCAUGUGUGUGUGCACCAACUGCACGUGUGAGUGCGCACGUGCCUGUGCACCAGUUGCACAUGUGUGUGUGCAUGUACACCAUUCGCCUGUGUGUGUGCACCAUUUGCACGUGUGUGUGUGCACGUGUGUGCUGUGGCUGUGCCCCAUGGAGCACGUGCCUGCGGGUGCCCGUGUUGGGUAAUUGGUCGGUGUAAGUGUGUUGGCAUCGUUGGCACCUGAGCAGGAGUGUGUGUGCUGGGGCCACUGGCACGUGCUCAGUGACCACAUGCCCGCUGGCACCAGGUGCGGGAUCCACUCGCGUGAAUGCAGGGAAAUGUCCCUCAUGCCAAGGGCCCUUUGUUCCCCAGCCCUCCCCUGGGCCAGGCCGCGCCAGGUCUUGCUCUCUGCCAGGGAGGAGGGGCUGGGGGCAGGCGGGGCGGUUGUUUGCCAGCCUCAAAGCCGCAGGGGCUGGGGAAGCGUAGGGAGGGGGCCCAGGCCACGGCUGGUUCAGUGCUUCCAGUGGCCCAAUCCCCUCCGAGCAUGGGAGUUUUCCUUGCACGCCCCCAGCCUCAUGCUCGGCCCCCCACCCCCACCGCCCCCCGUGUAGAUGCUGGUGGUUCUACCCACCCCACGUGUGGCAGGGAAGCAGAGGUACGUGGGUCAGCCAGGAACAUCCGGGGAGGAGGGAGGAAUCCUGGCCCCAUUGCAGUCGAUAGCCCCACCGGCCUCACUGGGGCCUGGAGUUCAACCCUGAGCACUCGGCAGCUGCCGUCCCUCCCCGGACACGACCCUCAGCUGCUGUCUGCGGCCCGAGGCCUCCUGCCCCUGCCCCUGGACUCCGCAGCGGAGCCGUGCGAGGUUAGGCCACCCGGUGGGACUCGGGCACUGCCAGCGGGGGUGGGCUCGUGUCUUUGGCAGGCUCAGCCUGGCUGGGCAGCCCCCUGCCGACCGGGGAAAUGGCCCGGGGUAAACCCAUCAUGCCCACUUGUGCCAUCUGGCCCCGAGCCUGUUUCCAGCCGGGGAGGAGCGAGCUGCGGGCAGCCCAGUGUUAAUGCUCCAGACCUGGUGCCGUGUGGCUGCGAACGCAGCAGUGCCAGUGCCCCAGGCUGUUUAAUCCUAGUCACUACCCUGCCCAGCCCGGCUUUUAGCCCUACCAGCUCGCUUCCUCUCUAGCCCCCACGUGCCCAGUGACAGGCCUGGUGGGUUUGCGUCUCACGGCCCGGUUGGUUCCUCCCCAGCACUCACUGGCUGCCCCUUGCCCCGCGCCUGCGCAGAACAGCUGGGCCCAUGCACCCGCCGUGCUCAGUGGGCCCGGGAGCCAGCGUGUGCCCUGGAUAGAGCAGCUGCGGCCAGAGCACAGAGCUCACUCGGUUUGAAUGCAGGGCUUGCUGGAGCCCGGAGCCUUCAAACCUCCCACCCUGCAAAACUCCCCUCGCCCACCCCUGCUGGUUUCAGCCAGGAGCUCGUUUGGGGUUUGUUUGCUGUCACCUCGCCAACGUCCCAGCGCUUGUGCCACCCGCCCAGCUUUCGCACCCGAUGCAGCCGCCGUCGGGGCAGGGUUUGGGUUAAGGGAGCCAGUGGGAACUGGGGAGGGUGCUGCAGGUAGGUGAGGUGAAUCUUCUACAAGCUGGACUUUGGCUGGCCCUGGCAGCCUGUCUCUCGCUACAAACAAAGUGCCAUGGAAGAGUUCUGAGUCCGCGAGUCACAGGCUGCAUUUCUCAGCGUCAGGAGAGCCGACGCUGGCGUGAGAUCAUUCAUCCCAGGUAACUGUGUAUUGAUUCCAUGCACAGAAAGUCCCACUUUCUACCAACCAAGCAAACGGCUGGCGUCCUAUGCAGCUGUUUAUAUUUUUCCUCUUGAAAAUGGUAAACUGUUUUCAUGCUGCUAGACUAUGGGUCCCUUUUAGUCUGAAAUUAAAACCAACCCUCCCCCACGCCAAAUCCAAUGCACCCGUCUCUGUGUUUAGAAAAAAGCCACCUGCAGCCCCAUGCCAGGCGAUUGUCUUAAUGAACUAGGGAGACUGGCUCUGCAGCGAGCAUCUAGCUGUCCUCUGCUGCGCUGGGGCUACCAAAUAACGCCACGCCGCAUCUUCCGCUACAAACUGCAGCCAUUCCAAUGAGAGGCCUUGGGAGGAUUUUAAAAAUUAAAAAAAAAAAAUCUUACUCCAGUUUAUGCAUCGUUCUCAUACUUUAUGCAAAUAAUUGCUGUAAAGUUUUGUUGUUUUCAUUUUUCGUGUAAAUAUUGUCUUGAAAUGUGUAACAUAUUACAAAGAAUUUAUAAGGAUUUUUUUAAGAAGUUUCGCUCAUUUAAAAAACAAACAAACCCAGAAGAAAACCACCAAGUGCUGUAACAGUGUUGAAUUUUUAAAACCUUCCUGCAUGUGUCAUUUUUUUCCUUGAUGUGUUGUAAAAGGUCAGACAUAGCUAUGGAAUAUGCAAAA